GUGAACAACAGUAUAAGUGUUCCUCUUGAAAAGGAAAAAAGAUUACAUAAGUGUUUUGUCCCCCUGUUAAUAUCAUACCAAAUAUUAAGCAACAGUACUCUACUUAAACAGAAUCACUACAAAAGAUAACUCAUGAACAGGAAUGUUUAGUCAGUUGGACAGAGCGUAAAUUCAUACAAAAAGCCAUCAGUCCUUCAGCCAUCAAUUACCAAUAACAAAAAAAAAAAAAAAUUUUCGAAUAAUGUUACAACAAAUAAAAGCAAUUUUCUCAGCUCAUGUUUGUGAGGUUACAAGUUAUCUUAUGGUGAAAACAUCAGAUCGGAGUGAUUGAUGAUCAGUUACACAACUGAAACUAUCAUUUUGCAAUUUUGCCACGCGCAAUGUCUCAUAUAAAUUCUUCCGCAAACUCCGUUCGAUAGGUCUAUUUAAGACUUUUCGUUUUUUUUUCCUUUGACAUAUUAACAAACUCUAGGUUUCCAGGAUUGACAAAAUGGUAACUGAAAACGCUCCUGUUCUAGCUCCAAAAACAUUGGUUCAUAUUAAUGAUUUUAGGAAUCCACCUAUUCCAGAUAACAAUGGUUUGGAACAAGCAGUACGCAAUGUCCUCGAACAUUUAAGUUUAUGUUCCAAUGAAAAUAUAAGAAAUGCCUUUUUAAAUAAUAAAGUUAAAGAACUUAUUGAACAAGCUAGGAUAUAUAAUGAUCUGACAGUUGAUAGUAUCAAAGAUAGUAGAAUCAUGGCUGCAUAUGCGUCAGAUUUUAAGGAGUAUGUUGAAAUAUUACGGGAAGAAGAUGUUUCGGGAACGGAUUUUAUUGAAGCCAUGAAAUCUCAAUAUCAGGCUGCGAUAUCUAAUAAAAAUAGCUCAGCCAAAUUGACAAAAAGUUAUUGUGAUAUCUUAGCUAUAAUCAAAAAUGUUUGUAAUGAUCUUGAAGAGUUUAAUCGUUCUAAUAGCAUAGAAAAAGAAUUAGAAAAAGAUGCAGAAGAUGCUAGAAAAGAAUCAACUAAUCAUAUGUUCGCAGCAAUCGGUACGGGAGUUGGAACAGGACUAGCCAUCGCUGCAGCACCAUUCACAGGGGGAGCUUCUUUGGCUGUUAUUGGAGCUCUGGGAGUCAGUUCAGCUGGUGCAAUGAUUGGAACGUCCAUAACAAGUGUUCAAUUUGGGCUUGUAACAAUGGUAGAUAAAUUCAGUUCUUUUGAUGAAUUUUUCCAAAAAGAAGCUGAAGAUAUCAACAAAAUUAUUGAAAAGUACGAACAUGAUGUUCAGAAUAUCACUUUUCGAAUGUCUCGAAUGAAAAGUACCGCAAUGAAAAAACAAUGGUCUCGAAUACAACAAUUGUUUGAGUCUUAUAUAGAUUCAGUAAAACCUUUAUUAAGUGAGAGACGUAACUCAAAUGUUGGUGCGAGUAACGGGGAAGUAAUCUUUGAAUAUAAAUAAUUACAUCUUUCUUUGACACAGAAAAUAUAAAUUAUGAUAUUAGUAGAUAUAAAAUAUGAACAAUUGUAUGUAGAUCUAUCUAAGAUUUUGUUUUUAUUUAUUUAUUUAUUUUUUUAAAAAAAUUUGUAAAUUAUAUGUGUAUCCUUGAGGCUUUGAUAAUAAAAAAU